AUGGCGCAACACGCGAGGGUCUCUAGUCUUACAGACGAGCUGAUACGGUCUAUAUUGAUUUCUGACCCGGCAAAGGACAAGCAGGCGUACAGACACGCCAAAGAUCUCGCCUCACGUAACCUUCGAGGUCAUCAAUAUGCACGAACAAAUCAGUUUGACGUUACAGCUCGAUUUGCGGGGCUUGACGAGAAGUUUCGCAUAAAAAAUCGCGAUGAUCUCGCUGAUGCUUUGCAAGUACGGCUACAAAAGCUCGAGGGCUACACAAACAAAUACAAGCCCGAAAUAUUGUCCUUGUUGCUUCAGCUAGCCGAUCGGCCUCUUGAAAAUACGCAGAUAGAGGCACUGGAAUUGCUCAGACCACCAACCCCUCCUCCCCCAUUAACAUGGGCGGAGAUACUACAAGAAGACCCAUAUAGCGACGAAGAGAUCUGGAAGGAUAUCGACUAUGGUGGUGACUCUUCUGAAGAUGAGAAGGUGGCAAAGAAGCCCAAAAGACGCCCAAGCUCGCCGCCGACAAGCUACAAUGAAGAUGAUACCUAUGAUCCGGAGUCCUGCGUCGUAUCUACCGACAAGGACCUUGCGACGAAACUAGAAGAAAUACAGUUCUGGACCCGCUCCUCGGACAAAGAUAGGGAUAGGGUAAGUAUUACAGAAUUACAGGCGGUCAAGGAGACCUUGUUCAUGGUCAAUGGGUUGAAGACGAGCCUGUAUGAAACCGACAAGCAAAAGCAUGGCUUCCGCUACAAUAGCACUUACGUCCUCGAUCAUACUCGAUCUACCACUCUGGAGCAUUUGCUAUCUCAGUUUGCGGAACUCGGCUCAAAAGUGCAAGAGAUGCGACGGUGGACGAUGCGGCAACAAGCCAGGAAAACACCAUCUUCGCCUCUCAUGCAGACGUUUGAGGCCGGCGUAAGAAAACGACUACUACAAUUCGACUUUUCCCUGGCAGAAAUGCAGCAGCAGUACUUGAUUCCUGACAAGCCGAUUCCUGUUAGUUUGCUCCAGCUGCAUACAGAUAUUCGCAAACUAUCUGCGCCCAUCCUUCGCCUAGCACCAAUCGUGAACCAGCUUAGUCGCGACCAGUCAACCCUAGACGACAAGCCUCUGGCGCACAUCAAUCCAUUUCGCCACUUGGAGGCGCUGUUCGAAGGAACUACUCUGGCGCAGAUGACACUGGAAGACGAAAUCUUCAAGUACAUGUCAGACACCUUCUUUGAGUGCCUGCAGACCUAUCUCAAGCCGAUACGGCGGUGGAUGGAGAGGGGCGAACUGGGCCCAGACCAGGAGGCGUUUUUCGUCGUGGAAAACGAUGCAAAGAACGAGGCUGCGUCGCUAUGGCACGACCACUACGAGCUGCGCCGCGAUGCCCAGAACAAGCUUCAGUUUCCCUCGUUUCUGCAACCAGCGGUAAACAAAAUCUUCAACACGGGGAAAAGCGUCGUCUUUCUUAAGGAGUUAGGCAUCUACGACACGGUGCUACACUCUUCGGUUCGCGAGCCGAGUUUGGAUCAUGAGACGGUGUGCGGUAUCUCGGACACCGCGCCGCUCUCGCCUUUCCCAGAGCUCUUCCGCAUGGCCUUUGAGACAUGGAUCCGAAGCAAAUACUCGGUUGCAUCCGCUGUACUGCGUGAACACAUCUUCGAGACAGACGGCCUGAUGGAGGUGCUAGGCGUGUUCCAGGCACUAUACCUAGGUCGAAACGGAGCCGUCUUCGAAGACUUUGCGACAGCAAUCUUCGAGCGCAUGGAUGCCGGCCGACGGGGCUGGAACGAUCGAUACGUGCUCACUGAGAUCACACGGGGCAUCUUCAGCACGGUUCUGACGGCCCCAGAAGCAGAGAAGAUAGUCGUUCGCUCCAGCAAAGCAAAGGCCCAAGGGAAAACACUUCAGGACCUCGCCAUCAUUUCUAUCGACUACGCAGUCCCCUGGUCCCUCCAAAACAUCAUCCAACGCUCCUCGCUACCCACCUACCAAGCCCUCUGCACCCUACUCAUGCAAAUCUACCGCGUAAAAUACCUGCUCCAGCGCACGCGGAUCCGCGCACCCCGAAAACGCAAGCUGCCCCCUCUCUUCUACAGGCUGCUGCACAGCAUAAACUGGUUCACAGAUACCCUGCGCUCAUACAUCACCGAGUCUGCCAUCCACCUUACCACACGCAGCAUGGUGUCUUCGAUGCAGAAAGCCGAUGAUAUCGACGAGAUGGCACGUAUCCACGUCGAGUACAUGGCGAAAUUGCAGCAAAGGGCUCUGCUGUCGAAAGAUGUAAAGCCUAUUUACGCAGCUGUGCUGGAAAUGCUGGAUCUGGGUGUGCUACUUGCGCGGACUGAAGCCAAGCAGCAGGAAUACGUUGAUGCCGAGUUUAAACGGUUGCUCCCGUUCAUCACGGCGGGACUCAAGAGCGUGGGGAGAGCAGGUGCCGAGCCCAUGUGGGAGCAGUUGGCGGACAGUGGUAUAUACGCUAUCGAGUGA